GUGUUCGGUAGAUGUGGUCAUUGCAACUCGAGUUUCAACAAUAUGGAGAUUCCAUCGGGUGUAGUUUUGCUUCUCUUCAUUGCUUGUGUUGGGGCUUCGACAGAUACCCCAGAACCUAUGGCUAGCAUACUUCCAGCUAACUGCAUUACUAAAGCACAUAAAAAGGUAGAUCAUAUAGAAGAAUGUACUAAGGAAUCCAGAGUAAAUAAAGUCCAGAUAGAAAAAAUGAAAUCUGGAUAUUGGAGUUUGCCGCAUCGUUCAACAUCGCUGAAAUACUGGGCGUUCUGCUACUUGAAGAGACUAAACAUGAUGACUGAGGCUGGAGUUCUCAGGCAGGACGUAGUAUUGAAAAACUUCAAUGGCAAAGAGAGACUUCAAAUAACGAAGAUUAUUGACAAAUGUCUGUACACAACAGCUCACCUACCAAUGGAUACGGCCUGGCACUAUCUCAGUUGUUUUCAUAAAAAUAAUUACAAGCUAUGUAAACGUGUACACGGUAUUUGAAUAAAUUUAAAAAAUAAUUAUAAUGUGAUAACUAUGUAUUUAGA